UUUAGAACCUCAGGGAAGAUUACGACUAAUAAUAGCAAUGUGGAAUGCGCCAAUUCGGCAACCAAGUUUUCAUGGGGAGUCUAGUGGUGAAGCACGUAAGGCACGUAAUAAAGGCAAGAAAGAUCGGCAUGAAAGAGAAUUUCAAGAGAAAGAAGAGCCCUUGAGUCGCCAGAGAGUGAUGCGACGAAGGGUUCAUCAAAUAAAUGGACAUAAAUUUAUGGCUACCUUUCUGAAACAACCGACGUUUUGUUCGCACUGUCGUGACUUCAUUUGGGGCUUUGGCAAGCAAGGCUAUCAGUGUCAAGUAUGCACUUGCGUAGUCCACAAAAGAUGUCAUAACUUGGUGAUAACGAAUUGUUCAGGAAUGAAAGAAGAGAUUAUUGUAGUCGAAGGAGAGGAAGGGACUCAAAUCACGCAGGCAACAGCACGCUUCAAUAUACACGUUCCCCAUCGGUUUAAUCCUCAUAAUUAUAAAACAUUGACAUUUUGUGACCACUGCGGAUCUUUAUUGUACGGCUUCUUCAGACAAGGCUUGAAAUGCGAUGUUUGCAACAUGAAUGUUCAUAAACGAUGUUAUAAGAACGUUGCACCCAGUUGUGGUAUAGAUACCAAGGCUUUGAGUGAAAUUUUGAAAAAAAUAAAUUUCUGUGCAAAUAAGCAAUUAAGACUUCCGAAGAUUAGAGUAUCUUCACGGCCACAAACACCUACAGUUGCAGAAAAGGAUGAAGAUAAGAAAGAUCAAGAUGAUAAAAAAUUUAAAAAAGAUAAAAAGGGAAUGAAAAAAGGACAGAAAAAAGGACAAAAAGACAAAACGAUAAAAAUAUCUUCAAGGGAUGAUCAGACAGACGAAUUGGGCGCAAGUUGUUCGAGUCAAAACGACUCAACCAAAGAUGAUUCGCAAUUGAGUCAAAGAGAUUCCACUAAUUCCAAAGAUGAUUCGCAGUGGAGUCAUAGAGACUCAUCUUACGCCAAAGAUGGUUCACAGUUAAGUUUAAGAGACUCAUCUAACGAAGAUGACGAUAGAAACAGCAAUGUAAAAAAAAUUGGUUUAGAUGACUUUAAUUUUAUUAAGGUUCUCGGUAAAGGUAGUUUCGGUAAAGUAAUGUUAGUCGAACUGAAAAGUAAUCCCGAAGAGAUUUACGCCGUGAAAAUCUUGAAAAAAAGUGUUAUUAUUCAAGAUGAAGAUGUAGACUGCACCAUGACAGAAAAGAAGAUUUUAAUCCUCGCAGCAAAACAUCCUUUCCUAACGGCUAUCCACAGUUGUUUCCAAACGGUUGAUCGACUCUUCUUUGUUAUGGAAUAUGUGAAAGGAGGCGAUCUGAUGUUCCAUAUCCAGAAGGCUCGAAAAUUUGAAGAGCCGAGGGCACGUUUCUAUGCAGCAGAAGUGACACUCGCGCUUCAGUUUCUGCAUAAACAUCAUAUUAUAUACCGCGACCUGAAACUGGACAACAUACUGCUGGAUGCGGAAGGACAUUGUAAACUUGCGGACUUCGGAAUGUGUAAAGAGAAUAUAAUUGAGGGAGAAUCGACGGCAUCGACAUUUUGUGGUACGCCUGACUAUAUAGCUCCGGAAAUACUUCAAGAAUUGCCGUAUGGUGCUAGUGUUGAUUGGUGGGCUCUCGGUGUGUUGUUAUACGAAAUGGUGGCUGGACAACCACCUUUCGAGGCCGAGACCGAAGACGAUUUAUUCGAAGCAAUAUUGCGAGAUGACUUAGUGUUUCCAGUGUGGGUUUCUUCAGAUGCAGUGUCUGUUGUAAAAGCUUUUAUGACCAAGAAUCCUGCCAAGCGAUUAGGUUGUGUUGCAGCCGACGGUGGCGAAAAUGCUAUAAGGGUCCAGCCAUUUUUCAAACAUCUAGAUUGGGAAGCUCUCGAAGCGCGUAAAGUAGAACCUCCAAUCAGACCUAAAAUUAAAAAUGAAAAAGAAGCGAUUAAUUUUGAUGCCGUGUUCACAAAAGAGGAUCCUGUAUUAACGCCGGAUAGUCCAGACAAAUCGUGCGACAUCGAUCAAGAAGAGUUUCGUGGAUUCUCCGUAGUAAAUAGAGACUUCAAUCCAUUCAGGUAUACUACGCAGUAAGAGAUGACAAGUUUCAAUGUAAUAUCAUCCUUCGAUUUUAUUGUAAUUCGGUUUUAUUGUAAUAUCAUCCUUCUCGCUUAACGCGUUGCUUUGUACAGUACAUUUGU